UUUCUGGAAUGGGUCAUCCGUUAUGAGUCGGGCUCUACGUCUGUUUUGCACUAUUUGGAUGACUUUCUUUUUGUUUCUCCAGGGUCUGGUGAUGGUUGCUUGUUAUUGCUGAAUCUGUUUUUGGAGAGGAUGGCGCAGUUUGGGGUUCCGAUUUCCGUGGAGAAAACAGAAGGCCCGGUCACGUGUUUAUCGUUUCUGGGUAUUGAGAUUGACACGGUUGAUAUGGUUUUUCGAUUACCGGGUGAUAAGCUUCAGAAGCUUUUGGAUUUAAUUGAUGGGUUUUUGGCAGUUAAGAAGGUUACACUCCUGCAGAUGCAGUCUCUUUUGGGUCUCUUGUGCUUUGCUUGUAGGGUGAUGCCCAUGGGCCGUGUUUUUGCCCGCCGUUUAUCUUUAGCCACUAGGGGUGUCCAGUCCCCCCGUCAUCGCAUCCGGAUCACUGCGUCACUGAAGGAGGACUUGAGGGUCUGGAAGGCUUUUCUACGUUCUUUCAAUGGUCAUACCUGUUACAUGUCUGUGGUUACCCCUAACUCUGAACUGUCCCUGUUUUCGGAUGCUUCCGGGUCCUGCGGCUUUGGUACGAUUUUGGGGGUGGAAUGGUGUGCCGGUGAGUGGCCUGACGCAUGGCGAGUGAAUGGUUUGUGCAAGAACCUUACGUUAUUGGAGUUGUUCCCGAUUGUGGUGGCAGUGGAGUUGUGGAGGGACCGGUUGUCCAAUACGCACGUUUCUUUUUGGACGGACAAUUUGAGUGUGGUUUAUGCUGUCAAUACUUUGUCUUCCUCUUCCCUCCCGGUUCUGGCGUUGCUCCGGCAUCUCGUACUUCGGUGCCUUGAGUGUAAUAUCUAUUUUAGGGCUCGUCAUGUUCCUGGUGUUGACAAUAAAAUUGCUGAUGCUCUUUCCCGUUUUCGUUGGCAGGAUUUCAGGUCUUUUCUUCCGGGAGCGGAUUUGGAGGGCAGGGAAUGCCCGUCGUACCUGUGGGACCUGGUGGACAGGAGCUGAUGUCGCUGGUUCGAUCGUCUGUUUCCCCGGCUACUUGGCAGGCGCAUGGUCCUGGGCGUCCGGCCGUUUGGAUCGUGGGCCAUUCAUAUGUUUUCUGGGCGGCGCAGAGAGCUGAUUGCCGACCUGGGGGGAGGUCCCUCGGCUUCCGGGAGGUGGAUGUGGCCUGGAGAGGAAUCCGGGGUUUGCGAUGGGCUCAGCUCCUGUCUCAAGUGGUCGAGAUCGGUUCGCAGGCCAGUGGCCCGGUUGUUUUAGUUCUACAUGCUGGGGGGAACGAUAUGGGUUCUGUUCCCCUGGUGGAAUUGUUGGCCCUCAUCAGGUCCGAUUUGGAGCGUUUUCCAUCGUUUUUUCGUGAGGUGGUCCUGGUCUGGUCUGAGGUUGUUCCUCGGGUGGUAUGGCAGGGUGGGGAGGCAGUCGAGAGGUGUAGAAGGACGAUUAAUGCCCGUAUUUCCCGCUUCGUCAGGUCCCGGGGUGGUGUGGUUGUCAGACACAGACAGCUCGAGGGCGAUAACCGCUCAUUAAUGAGGCCCGAUGGGGUUCACCUGAAUGAGAUAGGUUUGGAUAUCUUCCUUUCAGGUAUCCAAGAUGGGGUGGAGCAGGCCAUGUUUUUGUUGGGUGGUGGUCGGAGCCCCGUUUGAGGGCGGUGCUCCUCCUUGGCGGCUAGUUAUUGCAGCAUAAAGGUGUUGGAGGAGAAAUGGGCGAAUCCGCCCGCUGGGAGACCAGCGGCUGGCGGAGAGCACGGUUCAAGGUUAUAGUUGCCGUUUGAAUAAAGCUGUGGCCGAUUACCACCCAACAAAAUAAAAGGUUAAAAGUUGAACGGUGUCAGUGUCGUUAUUGAAGGGGUUAGUUGGGGUGGUAUGCGGGGCUAGAGGAAGGUUUGGAGUUCCCCUUCCCAUUCCUUA